GGCUUCGCUGCUGCUGAAACGUCAAGUUCGCUCUUUUCCAGCUAGUUGCUUUCAUUUUUCGCGACGUGUUGCGGUUCUCGGUGCAGGCGAAUUUCUCCAAAAACCAGCAGCAAAAUGCAAGGACCAGCUGUAUUUAUCGAUGCCGAGAUCGAGGAUCAGGCACAAGAACUGCGAAAGUUCUUCAAAUCUCUCGGAGCGGAGAUCAGCGAGGAGAAGUCCUCCAAGGGAAUCGAAGAUGAUCUGCACAAGAUCAUCGGCGUGUGUGACGUGUGCUUCAAGGAUGGCACCCAGCACACUCUGGAGGAAAUCGAUGCCGUGCUGAACAGUGUCGUUUCGAUCGUCGUGUCAAUCCCGCUGGAACGGGGCGAGAAUUUAAUUUUGGCUUUCUGCGAGAAGAUGACCAAAGCUCCCGAUACCAACCUGGCGCGGGUUUGCCUGCAGUCCCUGUGGCGUCUGUUCAGCAACCUGGAACCGACCUCCCCUCUACGGUACCACGUCUACUACCAUCUGGUGCAGGUGGCCAAGCGUGCCGACCAGGUCAAAGAGGUCUUCUCCGGAGUGGAUCAGCUGAAGGUUCAAUUCACCCAGUGCCCGCCGUCGAACGAACAGAUGCAGAAGCUGUACCGGCUGUUGCACGAUGUCCUGAAGGACACCAACAGCGAACUGGCCUCGAAGGUGAUGAUUGAACUGCUCGGUACCUACACGGCCGAAAAUGCUUCCUAUGCGCGCGAGGAUGCCAUGAAGUGUAUUGUGACGGCGCUGGCUGAUCCGAACACGUUCCUGUUGGAUCCGCUGCUAUCGCUGAAGCCGGUCCGGUUCCUGGAGGGGGAACUGAUUCACGAUCUGCUGUCGGUAUUUGUUUCGGAAAAGCUGCCCAGCUAUCUGCAGUUCUACAAGAAUCACAAAGAGUUCGUCAAUUCUCAGGGACUCAACCACGAGCAGAACAUCAAAAAGAUGCGCCUGCUGUCGUUCAUGCAGCUGGCCGAGAGCAACCCGGAGAUGACCUUCCAGCAGCUGCAGGAUGAGCUGCAAAUCGGCGAGAAUGAAGUGGAACCCUUCAUCAUCGAGGUGCUCAAAACGAAGCUGGUCCGCGCCCGGAUGGACCAGAAGGCCCGCAAGGUGCACAUCUCCAGCACGAUGCACCGAACCUUCGGACGGCCCCAGUGGCAACAGUUGCGCGACCUGCUGCACGCGUGGAAAGCCAACCUGACGUUGGUGCAGGAAAACAUGAAAUCCGUCUCCGAUGCGCAAAUGGAACUGGCGCACAAGCAGUAAGAGGGGCGGGUUAGAUAGCGAUUGUUUGUUGAUAAAGAAGAAAAUAACAAGUGAAAUAGACUCUUACAUUAAAAUUGAACUAAUUAUUGGAGCAGCAACAGUUGUUGUGUGAAACGCAAGUGACUACUACUCCCGCCCAGCCAGCACCUCUGCCAUUUGCUAUCCGGAACCAAUCCGGUGGUGAAGAAGACGAGCUAAAAGUGUAAUUUUUCCCUAAAACUUUUGGUGCGGGCGGGAGCUUCUUGAGUGCGCGAGUGAUAACAAAAAACCUAAACAAAAAAGAGGACACAUACUAGCAAAAAGGGGGCCGGGACACCGACGAAUCUGGAGAAGGCCCCCCAUUGGGGCCUUGGUCUAGAUCUCGAAGGUGCUAUCCUGUGACGACCCCCGAGGGGAUUCGUGAGGAAGGUGGGGCGUUUCGUUCAUUACAUUAACCGGUAUCGUAUAGCGUAGCAGCAGACGGGGGAAGUUAGCGAUAAGCUUGUAUCGAUUACACAAUUUUCAUAAGUAAUAUAUACAAUUUUAAAGUAUGAACGAAACCAAUAGAA